UGCCGAGGUGGCUAUACGUGCGGUGUGUUCAAAUAUUGUUUCGAUCCGCGUCACAUGUAACCACGAUGGAUGUUCUUCCUAGCGGCAACUUAUUCCGCGAGUUGCAGGACGUGACGGACACCGGUUAUUUUGAAUGGAAGCUGUCCUUGGAAGACUACUGGCAACAGACAUGCUACGAAAUGGAGCGUUACCUCCGCGAGGAGCCGCGCGGCAAGCGGCGCGAGGUCGACGAGGACUGGGCGACGCCCUCCCUACCACCGUCGCCUGCCAAGUCACCCCUUACGCCCGUGUCGCUAGUGUCGCCGGUGUCGCCGCUGUCGACUAUGUCACCGGUGUCGCCCGUGUCGCCGGUGUCGCCGGUGUCGCCGAAGUCGCCAAAGUCGCCGAAGUCGCCGCGGCUCUUCACCGUGACGGCUGUGAAGAGCGAGCCGCCGAGCGAUUCGGAUGAGCCAAGGGACGAGCCGCCCUGCCCGCCGCCCGUCCGCCGCCACCCCGCGCGCCACCACGCGCACUCGCACGCGUCCGACCCGCGCCGGCGCGUCCACCGCUGCGAAUUCCCCGCCUGCGACAAGGUGUACACCAAGAGCUCACAUCUCAAGGCGCACAAGCGGACGCAUACAGGCGAGAAACCAUACAAGUGUUCAUGGGAGGGGUGCGAGUGGCGGUUCGCGCGCUCGGACGAGCUGACGCGGCACUACCGCAAGCACACGGGCGCCAAGCCGUUCCGCUGCCACCAGUGCGAGCGCUGCUUCUCGCGCUCCGACCACCUGGCGCUGCACGCCAAGCGGCACGCGUAGCCCGAGACCAAGGCCCCGCCCGCGCCCAAGAAGCGGACGAGCCGCAGCAAGAAGCACCCCAAGCUCGUCUCGCUCCUCAACGCCGGGGCCCGCGCCUAACUCGCCCCGGCGGCCGGCGGACGCUUUCCAUUGCAAGCCAAAGAAAUUUCGCUACGCACGUAGCCGAGUCAACACUCAUCGCACCUAAUGCUUUAAGGUUAUUUUUAGUAUUUUAUUUUAAUCUCUAUUUCGGCCUGUCGUUGCGGUUCUUUGUUGCAAUAUGAGAACUUUUUAUUACCGUUAUGUAUGUGAAUGUUUAGCUUUGUGUAUAGAAGAUGUUUUUAUGUUGGCGAGCCGCAAAGCGGUCGCCGAUAAUUGUGCCAUCGUUUGGGGGUUGCCGGCGGACGCGCACGCCUUUCUUAUUGUGAUUUUCGAAUUUGUUUGUAUCGAGUUUUGAUUCAACGCAUUUUAUUGACAUUGUGGUUGUCAUACAUACAUUGUUUUACAUGUGUCGCUGCUAGUGGUUGUUAUUCUUCCGGUAAACUUCCCCGGUGACGCCCCGUCGACCCGCAUUUCAAUACACGUGACAUAUUAUUUAUUGAAUCGGGAUAUUCGGCUAAAAAUCCCACCGACGCUCAGCACAACCUUUAGUUUUAAGCUUAGUAGGUGUGCGUCGCGUUACCUGAUGUUUUGCUAUUAUUUUAAAACAGGCGUUUUAUUAUUCUUAAACAAUGCGUAAUAGAACGUCUAUUUUAACGUUAAUGCAUAUUUAAUUUUAAGAUAGGUACUCAUGUUUUAAUAUCACAAUAUUUAUGUUAAGCUAUCAGUUUAUUUUCUCAUUCCGUUAUGUGUGCUUCUUCGAUGAAUGUUGCGUGAAUGAGAUUUAUAUUUGAAGUUUGAAUUUUUUUAUUUAUAUAAUACAUAUUAUAUAAACACGUAGGGUUAGGUUAAAUAUACGUCGUUUUGUGCUAAAUUCUGAAAUUAAUGGUUAGUGUACCGGUUAUUGGUUGAUUCGGAAUCACAGUCGCAAGUAAUGUUCGUUUGUAUUUCAAUAUGUUUAUUUAAUUAUUGUAUAUUUUUAUAUGACGUUAUAUUUUGUGCAUUUUAUUCAUGUUUUGUUUAGUAUAUGUUUAAUGCGAGUGAAUUUAUAGAUGUAUGUUGAAUUUCGUAACGCAUUUUAAGCUCUUAUAUCCUAUAUAUGCAAUAUGUACGAGGCGAGGUGAUUUUGUCUCCAGAUUGGGAGAUGAUUGAUAUAAGCGAUUCCCAGGAGCUAUAUGCAACACUAAAUGUUAGUGAGAUAGUGAGAUUCGAACUCAAUCACGACGAUUAAGUUCUAGGCUAUCUAUAUGGACAGUGGCGGCGUACCAGUGAUUUAGGUACGUCAAAAACCGACUUAGGAAAGGGGGCGACACUUUUUGAGGAUGUGACAGCUUUAGUAAAUCGUGACAAUAGAAAGGCGACUUGACUUUAACAUCGACGACAUAUUUAUGAAUACGCAUGAAUAUUAUGGAUUUCGUAUAGAGAUUACUGAUUACAUUUUCUCCUACUCGUUUAGUCUCGUCUUGAAAGUUUUUUGACUACGACGCUCUUUUCAAUGAGAUUGCAAAUUUGCAAUUAGAAAUCGCUCAGAGGAAUGUUAGCGUAUUAAUUGUUGUUCUUAGAUAAAUAGAUAAUCGAUUCAACGAACGUUCCUUUUGGAUAUAUUUUUUAAUAUAAAACAUGACUGGUUUACAACUGCCAUCUACUUAUACUAAUAGUACUUCCAUUUCGUCAUAGACGUUAGUCGCAGACAUUUGAACGUUGUUACACAUUAUACAGGUGUAUUUAAUACAAGGAUUAGAGAAUCGAUGCUUUAAUCUGAUACACAGUACAUUGCUGCUUGGCAUCGCAAACACGUUCUGAGUCUAGCCCAAGAAGCAAUGUAUGACGUACUAGAAUCUCAGGUCGUAAGAUUCGUAAGCGUCUAAUGCUGGAUAAAUUAUGAAUAUUGCGUGAAUCCGGGUGUCCUGUAAGGAUGUUAUUCCGGGGCCAAUAAACAGUCUUCCCGAAUUAAUGAGUGAUUUAUAUAACAAAUCACGGGGGUACAUGUAUCAAAACUAUGUGAUUCCAUAUUCACUGAAUUCAUCAAUCAUCAAAUACGAUACGAGGAAUAAAUACGUAAUAUUGGCGCCAAAUCACUAAAUCAAAGAUGGCGACCGCAACAAAACAACAUUUUGUUGCUACGUUGCUAUGGAAACAAUGAUACACACGUAUAGCUAUAAUGUAAAAGAACUUUUCUAGUUAUUUGGCGCCGAUUAUACGUGUCACGAAGACGUAAUUUAACACGUCAUUUAACAAGGAUAAGAAUAAUUGUAAAUAAAUCCAAGUGUGAGUCGAAGAUAUGCGACAAAAUGCAGUAAAGCAAAAAAGGAAAUAGGCAUUUGUUGUUAAUAUUGGGACAUUGAACUAGUAAAACAUCGUGUCAAAAGUCAAAACAUCGCUACACGCUUUUUGAAUAUUAUAUCAAUAACCAUUAUAAUAUACUACUUACUGUUCGUAAUAUGAUUUUUACAA